CAGGGCAGGGCCGGGCCGGGCCACCUCAACGAGGACAACGGGCGGUUCCUGCUGCUGGCCGCCCUCAUCGCGGCGUACCUGAGCGCCGGCGCCACCGUCUUCUCGGUCCUCGAGAGCCCGUCGGAGGCGGCGGCGCAGCUCCGCUGGAACCGGACCCUCCACAACUUCAGCCGCAUCUUCAACAUCAGCCUGCCGGAGCUGCGCGCCUUCCUGCGGAGCUACGAGGCGGCCAUGGCCGCGGGCAUCCGCGUCGACGCCCUGCGGCCCCGCUGGGACUUCCCCGGCGCCUUCUACUUCGUGGGCACCGUCGUCUCCACCAUAGGUUUUGGAAUGACCACACCAGCAACCGUGGCUGGAAAAGUAUUCCUCAUCAUUUAUGGCCUUUUUGGGUGUGCCGGGACUAUCCUCUUCUUCAACCUCUUCUUGGAGCGCAUCAUCUCCCUCCUGGCAUUUAUCAUGAAGGCGUGCUACGAGAGACAGCUGCGAAGAAGUGGUCUCCUACCUCCCAACUUCCGAAGGGGGCCAGCGGUGUCUGGGGUGGGCAGCCUUGUGGGCUGGAAGCCGUCUGUUUACCACGUGAUGCUGAUCCUGGGAAUUUUUGCUAUUGCCCUUUCCUGCUGCGCCUCCGCCAUGUACACGGCAGUGGAAGGGUGGAACUACAUUGACUCCUUGUAUUAUUGCUUUGUCACCUUCAGCACCAUUGGCUUUGGAGAUUUGGUAAGCAGCCAAAAGGCUGUGUACCAACAUCAGGGAUUAUACAGAUUCGGGAACUUCAUGUUUAUAUUAAUGGGGGUAUGUUGCAUAUACUCCCUUUUUAACGUCAUCUCAAUUGUAAUCAAACAAAUUUUGAACUGGGUGUUGAAAAAAUUCGAAUGCAGAUGUUGCCCAAAGUGCCAUAAAUCCAGUACCCGCCUCAGCCGUCGCAACGCCAUCACCCCAGGAGCCCGCCUGCGCCGCCACAACGUCGCCGUGGACACUGACGGACAGUACGACAGUGACACCGAGGGCAGGAGGCUCUCUGGAGAGAUGAUCUCCAUGAGGGAGCUCACAGCCUCCAGUAAAGUCUCCCUGGCCAUUUUGCAGAAGCAGUUGUCCGAGACAGCCAAUGGCUACCCGAGGAAUGUCUGUAUCAAUACGAGACAGAACGGUUUCUCUGCGGGGGUGGGGGCUCUGGCCAUCAUGAACAACCGCUUGGCAGAAACAAGUGAUUCUAGGUAG